GCAGUUCGCGUGCGGGCGCGUAGCAGCAGUUUUGAAUCACGAGUGAUGGCAGAAGGCGGCUUUGACGAUAAACCACCGAUAACCAAAGACGUAUGUCGUGAAUGUAAACAUCAGCUACAGGAUUUUGUUAAUUUUGGUACGCUUCAGAAACAGUUCGAGAAACACGGCAUCCCGUUAUAUAGUUUUGAUGAUGUUAGAAGGGAGCUAAAGGACAACAAUGAUGAGAUUGACUGCAUGUUAUACUUUUUGACCAAGGUGGAUAAUGGAUUUCAGAUAUUUUAUGACAGUCUCAGAGAGACGCAGCACUCAUGCCCCAAACACAAGCUAGCAGCUGAUAUUUUGAAAUAUACAGCAACAUCCGAGGCUGAUGAAAAGCAUUGCCAAUUAUCAAUUUAUUCAGAAAAGGUUUAUAUUUACAAAGGAAAAAAGUCCAAGUUUAUUUGGGAUGAGGCUGGUAUCAGUCUAUCACUCCCAGAAGCACAUUGUGAAAAGGAUGUAAAGUUAUCAGUUAAAAUUGUAAAUGACGACCUUCAUCUACCCUCAGAGAACCAGGGUAUGCCCUUAGUCAGUGCAUUGUACAAGAUAACUGCAAGUGAUAAAUUGCCGGUUCUGGCCACAGUAAGAAUACAGCACUGUGCUGUCGUCGACAAAGAAAAUACAUUGAUGUUCUUAAUAGCCCACGGAAAGCCUCCUUACCACUUUACACCCCUGCUUGGAGGAAAGUUCCCCUUGAAAAAAUGUUAUGGAGAAAUAGAUUUGGAUGAAUUUAGCAUUUUAAUAAUAUUGCAAAACAUUAGGCAUUGGAACAUGCGGUUUGCUGUUCAUAUAGUUUAUUGCGGCGAUGGUACUGCCGAUUUUGCUGUGACAAAAAAUAUUUCACCACACGUUACUGCUGUAAAAGAGGAAUACCAUCAUGACACCAAGUUUUAUACAUCCGAAAUGACAUGCUCUUAUUCAACUGAUGCGAUCGCUCUUUCAAUACCAGAAAAUCCAACUAAGGGAUGGAAAGUGGAAUCGAUUUUUGAACCUCCAAAAAUCCCCCUCACCCAAAUCCAUGAGUACCAACCGGGAAAGAUAAUCCCACGCAUCAAGCUCAAUAUGAAGUGGCUGGGACGGACACAGCCAAGAGAAGAGUCAGUGAAUAUUGGAGUUAAAGGAGGCAGUAUUGAUUCGUUCAAAUUACUUUGCAAACUACCAUCUCAACUACAACCACAACCAACACCUCCCAUUCCCUCCCAGAAUGUUUUUUUUCGGUGUGACAAACCAACUCUCCCCCUACUUCAAAGGUUCCCUAAGCAAUCAGGAGGUGUCAUUAAUAUCAUUCAAGAGAUUGAAGGAAAGAAACACGACUUGGGCAUACUUAUACUCAAUGAUGAAAGUGGUCAAAUCACAGCAACUAUUGAGACCCAGUAUAGACCUGACCAGACUCGAAUAACAAAAGCUAUUCUUCAGAGGUGGUUGGAGGGAACUGGGAGGACACCACAAUCCUGGGCCACUCUUAUUACUGUAUUGAGAGAGGUGGAUCUCAAUGUUUUAGCAAAGCAAAUCAAAGACAACUUAGUGCAGGAACAGGAUCCAAAUCAUGGGUAUCCACACGUAAUAUUUUGUCAUGUGGCCACUUGUGCACAUAGCCUAUGUAUAGUGCAUUUUUGCCUAUUAUGUUAAAUAAUUACAUUAAUUAACCCAUCAUAAUUAUUAUGUUUCUUCAGGGGUCCCUCUUUUAUCCCAAGUGCCUCACCUAGUGGGAGAGGAAAGAGAAAAAGAAAGACUGACUCAAGAAGCAAGCCUGCCACAAAGCAAAG